AUUAUUUGACAUAAAACUAUGCCAUCUGCACCCAUGGAUCUCACAAAGGUGCAUGAUGAAGUGUCUCCCUCCUUAAUGUUAAUUUCUUCCGAGUCGGGAGGGGUGUCAUCUGUAAGACAUGAUGGGGCGGUGCUACUCACAUGUAACAGUGGUCUGGAUGACAUUUAAAACACAUGUCAAUGCUUAUGCGUGUGCAGAAGAAACACAUGAUGAAGACAUUUAACAGCAUUGGAAGGAAAGGAUGAGAGCAAGAAGCAAAUAAGUUUAAUAUUGGGGAAAUGCACUUUUUGGAUGAAGAGGUAAGGCAGACAAUUUUUUUUUUGCUAGCUCCAUUUGGACAAAGAAGGAGGUGGGUGAUAAGAAGCCUUCAAGGGGCUCUUUGAAUUUUAUGAGGUCAUUUUCAGCUUCUAGCUCGUUGCCUACUUACUCAAGUGAACACCGCAUCAAAGCUGCACAAAUGAGACGUUCAAAGUUUUAAAGCCCCUCCAUUUGGCUGCCGGGUGUCUGGGGGCUGCUUUUGUGACAGGUUACGUCUGGCUCAUACACAAACACUCACACGCACACACACAGUGAGGUUGAGAGUUUAUCCAGCACAUACACGGAGGAGGUCAGUCAGUCUGGCAGUCAGAGGCAGACAGCUGUGAGAAGGAAGACGAGUUCACAGCGAGUGCUUCUCAGACGCCAGAGCCGAGGAUCCGAGUGGAUGCUGGUGAAGAUGAAGCGCGCUCUUUAUCGAACCUCCUGCUUGGUGACUCUGCUGGUGGAGCUCAGCUGGAUCAAUGGGAGCCUUGGCUUACAGAGAGAAGCUGGAAGUAGGGUCAUGAAGCAGUGGGAGAGGAAGGUGCGUUCAGCCUCCAGCCUUGACGAGCUGCUCCGACUUGCAGACUUCCCCGACUGGAAGUUGUGGAAAUGCCGCAUGAGUCUGCAGCAGUCGGACUCUCUUUUUUCGCCACCUUCGGUCGGCUCCCACCGCUCAACCCGUUAUGCAGCCGAGUCUUACAGCCUGGAAAUACUCAAAGCCAUAGAUGAGGAGUGGCAGCGGACACAGUGCAUGCCAAGAGAGACGUGCGUGGACGUCGCCAAGGAAUUGGGAACUGACCCGUCCAUGUUCUUCAAGCCACCUUGUGUGUCCGUCCAUAGGUGUGGCGGCUGCUGCAACCAAGAAGGUGUCACGUGCAGAAACACAAGUACAGUGCUGGUCAAUAAAACUGUCCUGAGCGUGAUUCCUUUCAAGUUUGUACCAGAGCCUGUGCUGAUUAAAGUAGCCAAUCAUACAGAAUGCAGAUGCGUGGAGCCGGCCAUUAUACGACGGAAUGCUCAGCCUCAGAGGAGCAGUGGGUGUUCUCUGAUCGAACAGCUUUCGGGGGCUGACAAUUCCAGGAGACUUUGCGUCAGCGGUUGGAUUUGGGAUUGUGCAAGUGACAGAUGCAUACCAUACCCAUCUAGUAGUAGACCAGAGUUUCCAAUGACUUCAUGGAUGCCUGACUGUGAGAUCGAUGUGGAUCGUUGCGAUUGCAUUCCGCGAGCUGAGCCAACAAGCCAACUAAGAGCGGUCCAACGCUGUCAUCUUAACAGCUCCAUCUGUUCUCACAGGCGUCAACAUUUUGACGCCUCCUCUUGCAGAUGCAAGUGGCCCAAGUAGAAGCGGGGACAACCUGCAGAACAUUCUUUUUGGAAGCAGAGAAGUAGAGGCACAUAAUUUAUUUACAACACUAUUUAUGCAAAUCACGUGAACUAAUGGAAAUUAUUCUUAGUCACAAGACCAUGUUAAUUGAUUUUUAACAUGCCGAUCUUAUGUUGAAUCAAUGUAUUUGUCAUUUUUUUGUGCACUGAAUAUAUAGACUAUAAAAAGAUUAUUAAAAGAUUAUUAUUUUUAUAAUUUGAA